UUCUUUUCUCCUCGUUGUAACCUUCUUUCUUAAAAUUCCGAUCUUUGCUUCUUUUGUGCAAAGGUAUGAAUCAAAGCCUCAGCAAGAGAGGUCAACGAAGUCUACAAAAUACUUACAAGUAUAAAGAGAGAGAAGCUCCAAAUUGAGCAACGGAGUUUCCAAUAAAGCAAGAUUUUUAUUCAUGGCGGAUAGCGGAAGAGGAACAAUUCUUCAAUUUGCACCCUUUCAGAGUUCAGUAGAUGAAGGGUUCUGGCAUAAAUUAUCUUCUUUAAAGCUCAAUAAGUUGCGCCUUGAUGAUUCCCCUAUUCCUAUUACUGGUUUUUAUGCACCUUGCUCACAUCCUCAACUAUCAAAUCACUUGACUCUUCUUGCUGAAUCAUUACCUGAUGAGUCCGGUGAGGAAUCGUCGUCUCUUCCAGCUAGUCAGGGAAACAGAAAUAGGUGUCCUGUCCCUGGCAUUCUUCUCAAUACAAACACGUUAGAAAGCUUCUACGCGCUUGAUAAGCAGAGCCUACUUAAAGCAGAAGCCAACAAGAUAUGGGAUGAUAUUUACUCGGGCAAAGUUGAGGAGGACACUUCUGUGCUCUUAAGGUUCCUAGUUAUAUCAUUUGCAGACCUGAAAAAAUGGAGUUUUCAUUAUUGGUUUGCGUUCCCUGCUUUGGUGCUUGAUCCUCCUGCAACUCUGGUUAAUUUGAAGCCAGCUUCCCAAUGCUUCACUUCUGAAGAGGCUGAAUUUCUGUCUAGAGCUUGUAAUGAGUGGCGUAGCAUGAGCUCCACUGCAGAUAUACCAUUCUUUCUGGUGUCUGUUGGUUCGGAUUCAAUUGUUACUAUUAGGCAUCUGAGGGAGUGGGAAACCUGCCAAACUAAUGUUCAAAAGGUUCUUUUUGGUUUUUAUGACCCUUGUCAUCUUCCAAGUAAUCCUGGAUGGCCACUUCGCAAUUAUCUUGCCUAUAUCUAUUUAAGGUGGGGCCUCGGAAAGAUUCACUUUUUCUGCUACCGUGAGAACCGUGGUUUUGCAGAUCUGGGAUUGUCGCUUGUUGGAGAAGCUGAAAUAUCUCUUUCACCAGGAUGGAGGAAUCAUCAGAACAUGCCUAACGCUGUGGGAUGGGAACUAAAUAGAGGGAAGAAGGUUUCGAGGUGCAUCAGCCUUGCUAAAACGAUGGAUCCGACAAGGUUGGCUGUAUCAGCUGCUGAUUUGAACUUGAAACUAAUGAGAUGGCGCACAUUGCCUUCGUUGAAUCUCGACAUGUUGGCGGCUAUGAAAUGUCUCCUCCUGGGAGCAGGUACACUAGGAUGCCAGGUUGCUCGAAUGCUUAUGGCAUGGGGCGUCCGAAAAAUCACAUUGCUUGACAGUGGGAAGGUCUCAAUGUCUAAUCCACUAAGGCAGUCUCUUUAUGUGCUUGAUGAUUGUCUAAAUGGUGGAAAAUUUAAGGCCGUUGCAGCAGUUGAAAGUCUCAAGCGAAUAUUUCCAGCAGUGGAAGCAGAAGGUGUUGUAAUGGCUAUUCCAAUGCCUGGACAUCCAGUCCCUAGCCAAGAAGAAAGUAAUAUACUUAAGGACUGCAGACGUUUGUCUGAUUUGAUUAACUCACAUGAUGCAAUCUUUCUAUUAACUGAUACACGGGAAAGUCGGUGGCUUCCUAGUCUAGUUUGUGCAAGUGCUAACAAGAUUACUAUUAAUGCAGCCUUAGGCUUUGAUAGCUUUCUAGUCAUGCGUCAUGGAGCAGGUCCUGUGGGUGCUACACGAAACUCACAAGCUGACACGUCAAAUAAUGUCACUGCUAGUAUGGAGAAUCUCUCCCUCUCAAGUCAAAAUGGGUCGCAGAGAUUGGGGUGUUACUUCUGCAAUGAUGUGGUUGCACCAAUUGAUUCAACUGCCAAUCGUACCCUGGACCAACAAUGUACAGUUACUCGUCCGGGGCUUGCUCCUAUUGCAUCAGCCCUGGCUGUUGAACUUUUGGUUGGAGUUUUGCAUCAUCCUUCUGGAAUAUAUGCCAAAGCUGAGUUUGCAAACUCUAAUGAUAACGGUAGCACUGCACAACCUCUUGGCAUUCUACCCCAUCAGAUUCGGGGUUCCCUCUCUCAGUUUUCUCAGAUGACACUCGUUGGUCACGCUUCAACUUGUUGCACUGCUUGUUGCUCCACUGUGGUAUCGGAAUAUCAGACGAGAGGGAUGGACUUCGUACUUGAAGCGAUCAAUCAUCCAACAUAUCUGGAGGAUCUAACUGGACUAACAGAAUUGAUGAAGUCAGCGGGAUCUUACACGCUGGACUGGGAUAAUGAUAGUGAAAAUGAUGACGAUGAUGAUGGUUGUGUAGAAAUAUAACCUUGUUAUAAUGUAACUAUAUUCAUUCUUUGCAAUUAAUUUGAUUAUUUGUCACCUCAUAUGCAUAUGACAAGUUGACAACUACACUGGUCAGGUACCACUAUGAUCUGCCAUGACAUUAGUAAAGGAUUUGUUCUUUUCAGAUUUCUUUUACCUCCUUG